GAGAGCUCACUCGAAUGCAUUCCCGUGUCGGACUCUUUCCAAUCGAUGACUCUCCCAGAAACGACUACCCAUGCGUGGUCCAAAGUUUGCUUGCUGAGACUUCUGACAUCCCCUGGCUGGGGUUGAGAGUCAGUUCAUGAAUAGUCUGAGCUGUAUUGGUGCGGAGGAGGUCGAUGAAUGGCCCGAGAUCUGGCAAUGAUUCGUCAGGGAGACAUACAAGAUACGCUCGAAACGGGAUUGGGGAUCUGAAGCUCGAGUCCGCCUGUGAAUUCCCACGGGAGAUCUAUGUGCAGGUCACUGCGAUGGAAGUGGACCGAAAUUUCGGGUCCAAUUGCAGCGAUAUCUUGUAAACCGAGACGCAGGCACCAAUGUGACAUCGUGCGGUCAGUAUCGACGCUCCUUCUAAGAUCGUUACAGAUAUCCAUCUGUGAGACACAGAAGUACCCGGCGCUCGAAGACCGCAGGUCCGACUUGAUGCACAAACAGUCGUAUCGUGUGUCGACUUGGGAUAACCACAGCAGCAUAGGCCAGACAGUUGCGACAACUCAGUCGACUCGAGGCAUCGGCGUCAGCUGUCUCGAUUUCGUCACAAGUACAUAUGGGGGCCAUGAAGCUCGUGCGGAGAUCAUCCGACAUGUCGAGCCACCAAAAUCAAGCACGGUCUCAGAAGCAGCGAGAGCAGAGGUGUAGGCUGUUGAUCACAAACCAUCGUUUCUCAUUCCAGUCGACAGCAGACCGACCCUACUCCCAUCCUGCAAAGCUCCGGAUGCGCAUCGUUUGUGACGACAUUGUGGCUGGCCUGUCGGAGACAGUCCAAGAGCAUGACCAUCUUGCAUGCGCCCCGACACAACCCUCGAGCAUCUUCUCGGAGAGGCCUUCUACGGGGUCUCAUGACGCUGGGUCGCUUCGACAGUUUUGGGACGCUCCCAGAAGUAGGAUGAAAACCCGCGUUUGUUGUGAAUUUGAAGACUACUGCAUGUUGCGAGACAUCCUCACGCACCACGCUCUAGGGUGCCCCGGGUGUCUGCCGCCCCGCACGCCAGGGCUGUCAACCAUCACUGAACCUGCGCACGUCGUCUUCGCGCUCGGAUAUGCUGACGCAGAUCAUUGCUGGCGUGAAUUUUAAGCAUACAAGGACGGUCAUAGGUCGGAAUCUCAUCCUCGAGAAAGCCCUCCACUCGACGACGAAUUCUUUGAUUGCAAAGCCCCGGCUACCUUGCUAUUUCUAAGCAUGCUGUAUUGGCGCCCAAAGACAUCAGAACCGUCGAUGCUAAGGAUUUCUUUUUUGAGACUAUGUUCCGUCUCUCUUGCUGCAGCACUGGUUUUAUAGCAAUGCGCGCUUGCGUGUGACGAUCUGCAGAUUGUCUGCGCGUCUGCCAUCUUCGAUACCUCCCGUCUAUUCCUCGUCUCUACACCUCUUCUACACUCCACACCGAUGAGACUCUCUUCAUAGGCGUGUAAAAUGGAGCCGUACUCAUGCCUCUCGUUUACUGAACGCAGAUGUCUUG